AUCUCUGCAACUUCUCCAUAGUUUUCUCCAAUCUCCACCGAUUCUCCCAUGGGGGGCUCUCGCACUCAGGUCAACAAGGCUCACAAGACUCGAUUCGCCUCCAAGGCAUCGCGACAAGUUCAUAGGACCUCUCAAUCAGAUAAAGGGCGGAUAGCGAAGCCCGACCAUCGCAAUGCUGUCAAGGGCGCACGUGCUGCUCGCAUCCAGCGCAAUAAGAUGGUCCGUGAUAAAAAACGAGUUGCUCUGUUAAAGGAGAAAAGAGCCACAAGUGGACCGUCAAGUUCUCCACGUGUUAUUGUUCUUUGUGGGCUUUCUUCCUCUGUGAAUUUGGAUUUACUUGCAAAGGAUCUUUUGAUGCUGUUAUCAGGAGAGGAAACAGGAGCAACUUCAGCUACUAUUGCUUCUCCCAUUUACAAAUUUAGGACAACGGUCUUGGUUGCACCAUAUGGUGAUCUCUUAGCAUGCAUGGAAAUGGCUAAGGUUGCAGAUCUAAUUGCUUUUGGUGUAUCUGCCAACUCUUUAUAUGAUGGAUGUGAAUCAACUAGCCUCAUUGAUUCGUUUGGAGCUCAAGCUCUCUCUGUAUUCAGAGCUGUCGGUUUGCCUAGUACUGCUGUCAUGAUUCGAGAUCUUCCCACAGACAUCAGAAGGAAACAGGAGUUAAAGAAGAUGAGUGUUUCUUGUCUUGCUUCAGAAUUGCCUGAGGAUUGUAAAUUUUAUCUAGCAGAUACAAAGGAAGAGUUGCAUAAGUUCAUGUGGCUUUUCAGAGAGCAACACCUUUCGGCUCCUCAUUGGCGAAACCAGCGAUCUUAUGUUAUGUCUCAGGAGGUUGGUUAUGAACCUGAUGCUGAUAAUCCUGGAACAUGCACUUUGCUUCUAUCAGGUUAUGUGCGUGCUCACUGUCUGUCUGUGAACCAGCUGGUCCAUGUUUCUGGUGCAGGGGAUUUUCAGUUAAGCAGGAUAGAUGUCCUCAAUGAUCCUGUUCCUAUGAAUGAAAGAAAAGAUAGAAAUUCCAUGGAUUCAGAUGAGUUAAACUCUUCACAGGUUAUGCGCACCAUACUUCCGGAUCCCAUGAAUCAAGAACCUUUGCUUGUUGAAAAUACCCCAGAUCCUCUUGCUGGAGAACAGACAUGGCCGACAGAAGCAGAGAUAGCUGAAGCUGAUGCUGAUAAUAAAGAACGGAAGUUGAAGAAGAAAAUACUUCCACGAGGAACAUCAGACUACCAGGCUGCUUGGAUUGUGGAAGAUACAAGUGAUGAGGACUCCGACAACAAUGAAGAAGGAAGUGACGGGAUGGUGUUGGAUGAACAAAAUGGAGACACAGUGCAGGAUGGAUUUGAUCAGUCUGAUACUGAUGAAGCACCAUUCAAUGAGCAUUUUGAUGAAGAGACAGAGGCUGACACUGAUAUGGUUGAUAAUGAAAACUUGACAAAGGAGCAGAUAGAGGCUGAGAUUAAGAAGCUGAAAGAUGCAAGUGCUGUAGAUGAAGAAUUCCCAGAUGAGGUGGAGACUCCUAUUGGUGUUCCAGCUAAAAAGCGUUUUGCGAAGUACAGGGGACUCAAGUCUUUUAGGACAUCUUCAUGGGAUCCUAAAGAAUCGUUGCCACCUGAGUAUGCAAGAAUAUUUGCUUUUGAUAAUUUCACUAAGACACAGAAGCACGUUACUUUGGAAGUUCUUAACAGAGAUCAAGGGAGCAUGAACGAUUGUUUGCCAGUUGGCUCUUACACAAGGCUUCAUAUAAAGCAUGUUCCUGUUGAUGUUGCAUCCAAAGUAUGCUCACUAUCAAGAAAAUCACCUGUAAUAGCAUGUGGCCUUUUGCAGCAUGAGUCCAAGAUGUCUGUUCUUCACUUCAGCGUUAAAAAGCAUGAAUCAUAUGAAGCCCCUAUUAAAUCAAAAGAUACCUUCAUUUUCAAUGUUGGGUUCCGCCAGUUCAUUGCAAGGCCAGUAUUUUCUUCUGAUGACAUAAACUCCACCAAGCACAAGAUGGAAAGGUUUUUACACCCAGGCCGCUUCUCAAUAGCCUCUGUGUAUGCUCCUAUUUGUUUCCCUCCCUUACCUGUGGUUGUUUUGAAGAGUGGGCAUGGGGAAACACCUCUUGUGGCUGCUGUUGGUUCUCUGAGGAGUGUGGAUCCAGACAGGAUAGUUCUCAAGAAGAUCAUCCUAACUGGAUAUCCUCAAAGAGUAUCUAAAUUGAAAGCAAGUGUCCGGUUUAUGUUUCACCAACCUGAUGACGUUAGAUGGUUCAAGCCAGUGGAAGUAUUCACAAAAUGUGGUCGACGAGGCCGCGUAAAAGAACCUGUUGGUACUCAUGGUGCAAUGAAAUGUGUAUUUAAUGGUGUAAUUCAGCAGCAUGAUACCGUAUGCAUGAGCUUGUACAAGCGCGCAUUCCCUAAGUGGCCAGAACAAAGGUUUCCACUAUGGCAUUAAUAUUGGCAUGUUUAUCCCUAAAUAGGUAGAAAAACAUGCCAAUAUUGGGAGUGAAGCUCUCUGGUUCGGAUUAAUUUAUGGACUGGUUAAAGUCCUCAGCAGGUGGAGGAAUGCGUUCUAUCCAGCUUGAUAGGGAACAAAAAUUUUGACUGCAGAAGAUUGUUCUUUGGCAGCUUGGUUGUGGCUUUUUUUUGGGGGUUUAUUCUCAUACUAUAUAAGAUGUAAUUAUUAAGGAACCAUGAAAGAAUUGACAAAAGAGUGUAUCCUGUGAGGCACCAUUGUGAUCUUUGGGAAUGAUUUGAGUGUGCGCAAUUUCCUUGUUAGAUGAGUGUGUUUUGAACUUCACACUCGGGAUGCGCGAAUCCCAUAUUUUUGUAAGAAGUUUUUUUAAGUUAUUCUCCCGAAGAUCAGGGAUGUGUGAAUCCCAUAUUUUUGUAAGAAGUUUUUAUAUGUUAUCCUCCUGAAGCUUGUUAUAUUCUUCA